AUGGACGGCCACGCCAGCCAGCAACCCCCAUCGCAGACCGUCAGAGGCGAUGAUGCUGCUCAAUCUCGGCGCUCAGAACAUGAGCCCGGCAGCACAAAGAGACGUGGGCGACCUCGCGGAUCUAAGAACAAGCCCAGGGAUACAGCUCCCCAGAGUGAGGGGCUCCAGCUCCGGAACAGGGCUGUUCUUCCUGUACCGCAGCAUGAAUCCCACGCCAACGGCGACGAUGCUCAAGAUGAUCAAGCCAUCCACGAGAGUGGAAGCGAACACGAUGACUAUGCCUCUGAGGAAAAAAGUAUCGAUUUACACAAGAAGACGUUUCGGGAGGGCAUGCAGAAAAUGGCGCGAGCCAUUAAGGAUUUGAGUCCUAUCACGAGAGAGACUUUGGAAUCUCAACGUCUGCUCUCUCCUUCGGGUGGUGGCGGAGUGACAGCUAUCUUGGACCAGACCAGCGAGGAACAUUUCGACGGGGCCUGGGAAUGCAGUGUGGAAAAAGCAGCCAUAGAUCAUUACCCAGGCCGUGCGAACACUUUCCUAUCAGUGUGGAGGCUGUCUCUGCGACUCUUUGGAGUCGACCCCUUGACUCUUGUUUCCCUGCACCAAGACGUCAAAUUCGACAACAGCGCUAGCGACCCUUUCGAGCACCUUGGCGAGACGAAAAGAAACCCUCUCUGGACGAUUGACUUUUGUAAACGCCUCGAGCUGAUCAUGGUACAUCCUCUUUUCUCAGACGAGAACGCCUUCAGGUUCAUUCCUAUCAUCAUUCGAUGGGCCGUGAUUUGCAGGGCGGACGACGGCCAAGGCUUCACCGAUAAGCAACAUCGUCUCCUUGACGAUUUCCACUGCGGCGACCUCCGCCCUGCAAAUGGUCUUGGGGUGGUGGUCGAGCGCUUCCUCGAACAUCAGCGCAUGCGAAAGGACGACGGGCUGGUUGUAUCGAGGCAGGCGAAGUUGAUGUGCCUCGUCGCUGGUCUUGCGAAGACUACCGAAGAACCGUCGGAAACGGACGUCACCCGGGUCAAGACUCGAGAUUUGUCAAUCAUCGUCAAGGCCCUAGAUACCUUGGAGAAUGGUACAAUGACAACUUCCUGUGAGAUGUACCAUCUGAUAUACUCUACCUGUCAAGACCCGCGAGGCUAUCCGACGGGGAUGGUUGGAUUGCUAGAGGCUUACAAAAUGUCUUGGAUCAAGCUUCAGCGACGCAAAACCUCCGACCGAAUCCGAUCAGACACAGACAUCCCUGGAGGAAGACCAGGUGAGCUCAGUGUUGGCUGUGCUGAAGAGAGAGCCUCCGCAAUGGCAGACCACGAUACCGUCAGCGAAGGGCGCAACGGCCGAGUCUCGGAGACCAGUAGCAAGUCUGCCCGAACUGUCAUUUAUCACCGCAACCGAUCACCGUCCAUCCUCGAAGAUGGUGAAGUCGACGAGGGCACUGAGCCACCCGUCCCCAGCCUGACGGGUAACGAUUACAUCCACGAGUCCCGAAGAUGCUUGAUUGGAAGUCGCCAGGGUGCAGAACCCGUUGUUGCCAGCGAUGCCGACGACCAGCACCUGCAUGAAUCUCGACGGAGCCUCAUUGGACGCAAUCGUGGUCCAGCGAGUAUCUCUCGGAAUAUCCCUGGGGACCCUCCUAUGAAUGACAACAAGUCAUUCUUGAAUCAGGGUACCGUUCAAACUGGCCCCUUGGCGGGGGCAAUCAUGUCAGGCUUCGGAAGCAACACGAGACACGCUGGUGUUGAUGCCCAAGGAAUGGUCAACCCCGCCACUGUCAAAAGGGAACCGAAUCAAGACUUGGAACAAGAAGAAGAGUCGAGCUUUGUCGACAUCGACAAAGUUUUUGGUGGAGCUAAUGGCCAUCGGACAGCAGGGCCGUCAGCCACGUCUAACAGGGUUAACGAACCAGCGAUGCGGCCAAAUCAAGCCCGAAAAAGACCGUCCCGAGGUCAUCGCGAACAGAGGCCGCCGAAAAGGCAGAAUACCCAAGGGGCUCAUCAUGGGCAAAGCCAACAGGCGGGGGGCAGAGACAAGAACACCGGUCGUGGGAAGAAUGGUGCAGGUCACCAGGGAGGGUUCCAGGCACCACCGACUCAACCGCCGAACGGUCCAAGAGCUUGGAGAUUGGAGCAGAGAUUCAAGGGGAAGUAA